AUGGCUCUCCUCUAUGAGGGUAGCGGCCGCAUGUUCUUCGGUAUAACCGGAUUCUUGUCCUUCGCCGCGGAAGCCCCAAAGGAUAUGACCCCAGCAGUGGCGGAGAGGCAGAUGGAUGAAGCCUUGGCAAAAGCCUGGAUCAAGCUCCGCUAUGAUCACCCGACUCUUGCCUCUCAAGUGACCUUGGAGCGGGAAACCCAACAAUGGAUAAAGACAUACAGAGAGUUCGGCAGUGAGGGCGAUCAGAAUGACUGGCUCGAAAAGACACUGGUACCAAUCUCGAACGGCCAGACAGGACUACAGUGGGCCAACUCGGAUCCUCCGGCUCCCUUACUCCCGACACUGUUCGUUAUCCGACCCCCUAUCGCCACAGCAGAAAAGUCUAGAAUCCGGCGGGACCUCGUCUUUCGCUCUCCCCACGACGUUAUUGAUGGCAUCGGCACCUUGAUCAUGCUUAACAACUUUAUCAACCAUGUCUCAAAAGCGUAUGACCAGGGAUCAGCCUUCAAACCGCCGGUCUUGGACGGGUCAGAGUCAGCCAACCUGAGUCCGACCUAUCGUGUGGCUGCAAAUAUUCUCCCUGCACCUACGGAAGCGCAAAAAGCCCAAAUGGCUGCCAUACUUGCUCAAAAGACUGAGCUGAAGGAAGAUACCGAGGUCGAAGUACUGUCUGUUCCCUUCAGGCACGGUGCUGUCAUUCCAGGCUGCCACAAACGCGCAGCUUUAGCCUUGUCAAAGGACCAGACAUCGCGUCUGCUGAAGGCUUGCAAGAUGGCCGGCGUAACCCCGACGCACGUCUUCCAUACCGCAGCUGCCAUGGUCACGAGGGACAUCCAGCCCUCUCCAAAUGAGGCAAAACGAGUACGAUAUGUCAGCUAUAUCUUGCGCAAUGAACGAGCGAACUGUUCGGAGCCCUACCGCACCACGAAACAUCCAGUGGCGGUCUACCAUUCUGUUUCAGGGCAAAGCAUCGUUGUCGACAUGGACCUCCUGCCCGUCGACGAGCAGCAAGACAGCCACGCACGGAAGGCAGAGUUUCUGUCCACUGUGAGCCGUAUGAAAGCAUUUUACCACGGUGUGCGAGAUGACGACGACCACGGGGCGCUCGCGCCCAGCUUAUGGGCCCUUGGAACUCCGCGGCUGCCGCCUGUCUCUCAAUCACCGCCGCUCCCUGUCCCACCUCCCAAUUCUAGUCCUUCGGUUUCGAUUUCGAGUAUGGGUCGCGUAGAUUCCAUCGUUGCACGGACGUCCGGCUCCAUCCGGGUUUAUGAUGCCUGGGUUACUGGCGAGGAGCUUGGAAGCGGACUUGGCUUAUUCCUGGGCACGUUUGACGAGGAGUUGAGCCUCAGCGCCGCGUACAAUGAUGCUUGGCACACGGAAGAAGAAGUGGCAGACUUUUUACAACGAUGCACCACAACUGCUUUUGAAGGAUUGGACGUCUCACUUCCUUGA